AUGCCUUACGACCUUCAAGAGCCAUAUCUAGUGGGUGUGGCCAUUCUCAAGACCUUCGCGGCUCUAGGCAACCCCAGCAGCCCCCCGUUCAACGCGUGGACGGGGGAUGAUCCGUGUGGGGGAGAGGCGGGGAGCGCGUGGGCUGGCAUCAAGUGCGACACUGGCAGCCCGUAUAAUUCCGUGACUGAGAUUGACAUUCAGGACGCCCAGCUAUCAGGAGACUUGCCGCCUUCCCUUUUCAACCUCACAUCGCUUCGCCUGCUCAAUCUGGCGCUCAACCCGAAUCUGACGGGCAGCUUUCCAGAUGCUCUCAGAAACCUCCUGCAGCUCACCACGCUGGACAUGCACGGGUGUGGCCUAUCGGGCUCCAUCCCAGCCACCAUCGGCCGACUCACCAGCCUGAGCUACUUCCUGGUCAAACAGAACCGCCUCUCGGGCUCCCUGCCAACACAGAUCGGCACCCUCCCCCGCCUCUACAUGCUUGAUGUAAUGGAGAAUCAGCUGGAAGGGCCCCUUCCGAAGUUCCAGGGGGCAAACGAGCUCAGCCACCUCCACAUGAGCAACAACCUCUUCACGUCUGUUCCAGCAGAGAUCAGCAGACUGCCCAAACUGCUGCACCUGCUGAUGGACAGCAACCGUCUCACCCAUGACUUUCCACUCGCUUUCAACAACACCAACCUCACUGUCAUCUACUGGAGCAACAACAUAAUACCCGGCCCCUUCCCCUCCACCUGGUUCUUCCCCCGACUCAAGGACUUCCUCUUCAGCAACUGCUCUCUACCGAAACAGCCUCUUCCUUCCUUCCCUAUCUCUCGCAACCUCUCCAACCUUCUGUCUGCUACAGACCGUUUAUCCCCCCCACCCCCCUUCUCUCCCCCACUCCCCCUUUCCCCCUUCCCGUCCCUUCCCCCUCCCCCAUCCGCAUUGCCUCCCCUUCACCUUCCCACAUCACCUCCCAGGGACCUGAGCAGCAACAGUUUCACAGGCUCCAUCCCAGGCUCUCUGUUUUGGCAGCACCCUAACCUCUCUCACGGCAACCGACCCCCCUCACUGGGUCUUUCCAUGACCCCUCCUCUUUCCCUCCUUCCUCCCUCCAUCGCCAGCAAUUUGGCUAAUAACGAUCUUAGUUCGAGCUUCCCUCCAGCGAUCGCCGAUGCUGCCAGUCUGCAAUCCGUUCCCCUCACUCCUGUUCUGACGGGGAUAAGAUACCCAAACUCAUGUGCCAUGUCCACGUUUCCUCCAUCCCUCCACCCCUUCCCCAACCACCCCUCCAGCUUCCUAUCCGGCAAUCAGCUCAGCGGUCCCUUGCCAGACCUCUCAUCGCUGCCCAGCAUCGUGUCGCUCUCCCUCUUUGACAACUCCCUCUCCUCCCUGCCGCCCGCCCUGCUCGCCAAGACCAACAACAUCACGCUGCAGCUUUUCAACAACGAUCUCUGCAAGCCAUUCAAGCCAGACUACACGCAAGUCUGCUCCCCUCCGACGCCCCUCACCCAAUACACCUCCCCUGCCUUCUGCGACGGCCUCGCCUGCGAGAACGACCUCUACAGCCCUAGCGCACCGCUCUAUAACGAGUCACACUCUUGCGUGUGCGUGUCCCCGUUAAGAGUCGACCUGAAGCUGUUUAUAUCGGAUUUCGUGGUGUACCAUGAGGCGCUGGUGCAGCAGCUGGAGCAGCGGAUCUUCUCUGAGCUCACCAGCAAGUCGCAGAUCAACAUCAGCAGGCCACAGCAGGUCUCAGAUCAACAUCAGUCAACGCUCAUCAUCACCCUCUUCUUCCCCACCACUCCUCCUCCCUCCCCACCAGGUCCUCGUCUCUGCAAUCAGCAGCCCCUCCACGCUCGCCUCCACCUUCGCCUGGGAGCACAUCAACCACCAGUCCUCGUCUCUGCCAUAAGAAGCCCCGCUUCGCUCGACUCGCUUGCCUCCACCUUCGCCUCGGACCACAUCAACCACGAGUCAACGCUCAUCAUCACCGUCCUCUUCUUCCCGCCGGACGGCGAUGGCAGCUGGCACCCGCGAGACACACCGCAGGCCAUCCGCAACGCCCUCACCACCCGGGACCUUGCCAUGCGUGUUGCUCUCAGCAACUUCGGGCUCUUUCGAGUGGUUGGAUUCUACGGCCCCGCACCCUACACCCCCCCAGCGCAGCAGCAGACUGCUUCCUCUGGGCUGAGCACGGGUGCCAUCGUGGCCAUCUCAGUGUCCUCCGCUGCUGUUGCCAUCGCCCUCAUUGUGCUUCUUCUCAUGCGCCCCUGGGAGAGGCGAGGAGACCUGUGGAGUUCAGAGGACUACAGGGCGAUCGAGGGGCUGCAGAUGCUGGGCGUGCGUCGGUGCGAGCUCAAGGAGAGGCAAUAUGUGCUCCCCACCCCUCCCCAUCUCUCCCCACCCCUCCCCUUCCCUUCCCACCCCUCUUCACCCCUUCCCACCUCUCUGUUCUCCUACAACAGGAGACCUGUGGAGCUCGGAGGACUACAAGGCAAUAGAGGGGUUGCAGAUGCUGGGGGUGCACCGGUGCAAGCUCAAGGACAUAGCGGAUGCGACCCAGGGGUUCAAGACGCUGCUGGGGGAGGGCGGAUACGGACAGUGUCUGAAGUUCUGAACCACUGUCAGGUGUACUCAGGAGACACAGAAAUGCUCUGCUUUCACCUCGGCUCCCGUUUCUGCUCCCCAUGCGUUGCCUAUCUGCUCCCCAUGCGUUGCCUAUCUGCUCCCCAUGCGUUGCCUAUCUGCUCCCCAUGCGUUGCCUAUCUGCUCCCCAUGCGUUGCCUAUCUGCUCCCCAUGCGUUGCCUAUCUGCUCCCCAUGCGUUGCCUAUCUGCUCCCCAUGCCUUGCCUCUUUGCUCCCCAUACCCCAGUGCUGGAAUCAGGGGGUGUGGUUCCAUAUGUGUACCGAGGAGUAAUGGAAUGGGGGGAAGUGGUGGCAGUGAAGCGCGCCAAGGGGCACGUGAAGGUGGGCCAGGAUCAACUCUGUCAGUCAGGUGAACCUUCAGUUGUGCGGCACGAAAUUUCGCAACGGCUGCUCUCUGCCCCAGUUGCGCCACCGCAACCUCAUGGCGCGAAGACACCCCUCUCUCCCUCUGUCUACCGCACUCUUCCCCACAUGCCCCACCUACCCACCCACCAGCUAUGCGGCAUGGAGUUCCAUAACGAGAUCCAGCUGCUCUCUGCCGUGUGCGACCGCAACCUCAAGGCUCUCAGGGCCUUCUAUCCAGCUGCUGUCCGCCGUGCGCCAUCGCAACCUGGUGGCACUCAAGGGCUUCUGUGCCUCUCCAACUCACCUCCCUCCCCCACUCCCCCCUGUGCACGCCCCAACCACUACCAGCUGUGUGGCACUGAGUUUCGCAACGAGAUCCAGCUGCUGUCAGCCGUGCGCCAUCGCAACCUGGUGGCACUCAAGGGCUUCUGUGUGGAGGCGGGCGAGCAGCUGCUGGUGUAUGAGUUCAUUGAAAGGGGGACGCUGGAGGAUAUGUUGAGAGGUGAGAAGAAGAUGUUGAGAGGUGAGAAGAAGAUGUUGAGAGGUGAGAAGAAGAUGUUGAGAGGUGAGAAGAAGAUGUUGAGAGGUGAGAAGAAGAUGUUGAGAGGUGAGAAGAAGAUGUUGAGAGGUGAGAAGAAGAUGUUGAGAGGUGAGAAGAAGAUGUUGAGAGGUGAGAAGAAGAUGUUGAGAGGUGAGAAGAAGAUGUUGAGAGGUGAGAAGAAGAUGUUGAGAGGUGAGAAGAAGAUGUUGAGAGGUGAGAAGAAGAUGUUGAGAGGUGAGAAGCGGCGUGGUGAGUGUAUCAAGUCCCGUGUCUUCCCCGUGGAGGCGGACGAUGCGGCUGAGACGGCCAACAUCCUUAUCGCAGCAGGCCUCGAGGCGAAGGUGGCUGAGUUUGGUAUCUCCAAGGCUACGGCCAACAUCCUGAUCACAGCAGGCCUCGAGGCGAAGGUGGCCGACUUUGGCAUUUCCAAGGCGGUCCCUGAGGAGGUGGAGAAGGGGGGGAGGCUGGACACGCAAGUGAAGGGGACUGUGGUGAGUGCAGAGAUGAGGAAGGCGAUUUCAGGGGGUGGGAGUGGUGUGGGCGCAGGACGAAAUCGUGAGUGGAAUGUUUAG